GAGGGGUGGAGAGCAGAGUCGCGGAGAGGCAGUCGCGCAGCACACACACAAGGCUCCAGCAGGCGAGAGCAGCGCCUAGCGAGGUGUUCCCAUGCUUCUGUGAGCACGGGACAUAGUUCCCUCAGCAGAUCCGGAGCUUGGACUGGGAUGCACUGUAGUCGACCAGAGUCGGACGGGAGCAGCCCUCAACAUGCUGGGGAAGGACUACAUGCUAGCCAUCAUCAUAGUCAACUAUGAGGACAAUCUCUGGAAUGACCAGGACCUGGAUCUGGAUUCCGACCUGCCCCCAGGCUGGCGGACUAUCCGAGACAGCACCGGCAAGUACUACUGGCACACGCCCACGGGGACCACACAGUGGCAGCACCCAGUCUACGGCUCCGAGGACGACCAGAACACAGCCACCAGCAGCCAGAAGGGCCUGAGGUCCAUCGAGAGUCCUCUGUCCUCCGUAAAUGACAGAGACUCGCAGGCUUGGUCUGGGAAUUAUUCCUCUAAUGUGGAUCCGGAUUCCAAGCAGUGUUUCACCGUACGCUCCCUCGGCUGGGUGGAGGUUUCUGAGGAAGACCUGGUGCCCGGGAAGAGCAGCCUCGCUGUCAACAACUGUAUCCAGCAACUGUCCCACAGCAAGUGUGAUGGCCGGGAUGCGCUGGGGGCGUGGGGGGAGGGACAGGACAUGGUGAUGGUGCUGAAGAAGGACACGCUGAGCCUGGUUGACCCCAUAGACCAUGGCCUCAUCCACUGCCAGCUCAUCGUCAACAUUCGUGUGUGGGGCGUAGGCUGCAACAAUGGCAGAGACUUCGCCUUUGUGGCCUGUGACAAAGACACCUGCACACUCAAAUGCCACGUUUUCCGCUGUGACGUUCCAGCAAAGGCCAUCGCUGCUACCCUACACAAGCUGUUCUCCAAGAUAGUGGCAGAAAAGGCCUCCAUGCACUCCUCUGUGUCUCGCUCGCUUGCCGAGGAGGACAUCUCCCCAGAAGACCUGUCCCUGCAUGUGGGCUUCAUGGAUGCGAUGAGGCACCGGGUGCAAAAGUUCCAGGUGCAGUACGUGGGGAACCUUCCGGUGUCGCGGGCCAUGGGCAUGGACAUACUGAAUCGGGCUAUAGAAACCGUCAUGGAUACCACAGAAAAAGAGGAGUGGGAACCCAUCGACAUCCAUGUGACGGAAACGACACUGUCACUGUGGAACGAACAGGGUGAUGGGGAGUUGCCCUUCUGGGAAUGUCAGGUCCGCUACUUGACCUUCCUCGGGGUGGGCCGAGACACACACACCUUCGGCGUGAUUGUGGAUUCGGGCACACAGCAGUUCGAGUGCCACGUGUUCUGGUGCGAACCCGACGCAGGGACGAUCUCGGAGACGGUGCAGGCCGCAUGCAUGGUCCAGUAUCAGAAAUGUUUAGUCACCCGGACGCCCCCUUUGAAGUCAAAAAUGGUUUGGGGUGGGGCCAAGCUGAAGCGAGCUGCCUCCAUGGACAUUUCCGCGUAUGAGUCCCACUUCCACGGACCGUCAUCCCCCAAGUUUGUUGGCUCCUCUGCUGUCAGGAGGGGCAUGCUUUCCUUCCUCGGGACCUUCAAGAGCAAGCAGACGGCGGUGCCUGCGCCGUAGCUGCCCAGCGGAAGGACAUGGGAAGCGGCUGAUGGGUGGGAACAUGGUGGAUGGGGAGGUUGGUGGGGGGGUGGCGGGUCGAGAGCCACAAAACCAGCUUUUGAAGUACAAAGAGUUUUUGUAUCUGCUCUGCGGUGAACCAUUUGGAUCGGGGAUGAACAUUUGUCCUCAUUCUGUCUUUGAAAUAGGAGAGGCUUGGUAGCGAUUAAUUAGCAUUUCUGAGGAAAUUGUGUUUGUGGUACAGUUUUUAAAUAAAAUCCUAGGUGCUGUAUCUGUCACAUUCCAUACCUCCUUUGUCCUGACUCAAAGCUAGAAAACAAAGAGUCUUUUAACAGAAAACUAGUAGAAGGUGUUAAAACGUGGGAGAAGUCAGGGAAUCACCAACAGAUGGAGUGUUAAACCUGAACGUGAGAUCAUAACCAUGCAAUAAGCAGGAUCAUUUUUAAGUCACAUGACAGGUAUUUAGAAGUACUUCUAAUGGUGACAUUGAAAUCUAGAAUUAGCUGUUAAUUUAAUAUGUUUUGCUUAGCCUUAUAUUGUAAUGGUGUUCAGCAGUUUGAGGCAUCGUGAAAAAGGAGGAUGAAUCAGGUUGUUGAAUUAAAGUAAGGAUUAAUGGUCCUUCCCUGGGAGAGAAUCAAAUAUAUAUAAUGCAUCAACACACUUCCUAACUCUGCAGAGAACAUAGACUGCUGACCGCAGCCUGUUGCAUUUCUUGUGUGAAGCAGGACUGUCAUUUCCUAUCUCUAAAUGAGCUAUUUUUGUGUCUCAUAUUAGCAGUGCCUGCUAUUAUAUGAAGUUGCUGUUGACCCCCCCCCACCCUAACACACUCCAACUCCCCCAGCCCCACCCCACUAUGAUCUGAAGCUCCUUGGCUCCAGCCUUCAAUCUUUUGCUGUCCGGAGGAUCAUGAGUGACACCCAUGCAUACGGUAAAUGGAAAAAUAACACAAAUAAACAGCGAAUAAGCCGAUUCAUUGAAUUUUGAACAUGCAAACCUGGGCCAAAAUAAGCUUCCACUGCCAUAGCUCUUUUGCUUGCUCUCGCCACGCUUUCUGGCAGCAUCUUUCGCUUACCGAUUGCUGAGGAGCACAAUGCUUGUAUGGGUGCCUGCAUUAGCUAAUGACGUUAUGGCAAUGCAUCCUCGCGCUAUGUUACGUGAAGAACGAUCUGAUGCUGGCCAAUUAAUGUAACCAUAAUUUGAUGAAGAAAAAGAACAGGACUGAUUAUCCAUGUAAACAGCACAUGCUGCAUGUUUUUCUCUGACUAGCUAAUUUGGCUUAUGGAAGUUUUGCUUACAUGGCAAUGUUCUGAGAGCAGAAGGAAAAAUGAUUGGUUCAGAGAGAUAACCAAUUAGGUUGUACAGGAGGUGGCCCCAAGCAACUAGAGGAGGCAGGACCAGCCAAUUAGAUGUCUUGGAAAGACUAAUUUUGCUAACUUGCCUUCCAAGAACUUUGGGUAAAAUGAAUCAUGGGACUGAUCUCAUUUGGUGGGGAUGCCACUGAUGUGUACUUAUGUUCUUCAUAUUGGAACUGCCCUUCAGCAAUGGAAGAUGGUGUAAAACGGGCAACACAAGAACACAGGUACGGUCACAUUCACCCUUGAUCCUGCCUCUUCUAGUAGCUUUGACCCACCUCCUCUACCACCUGAUUGGUUAUUGCUCUAAACCAAUCAUUUUUUUCUUCUGCCCUUAGAACAUUUUUAUUCAAGUAAAACUCCCACAAGUGCUAAUUUGGGAUUCUGUGACUGCUGUCCGUGCAUCAUCGUUGUUGCCCCAGCAGUAGCGGGGAUGGUGGUGGGCGAGGCGAUGGUGUGUUUUGGGAAGGAGCACUCUGUACCUACCCCUCUGAUUCGACUCUAAUUCUGUAUAGCUAUUUAAAUAAAAUUAACUCAGGUCUCAUUAUCAGUUUAAAAAUAACAAUAAAUGGUGAAGGAGUGCAUUCCAGCAUGUAAUAAGACUAUUAAAAGAGUUUUGUUAAGGAAAGUUUGAAAUGCUAUCUUAAAAGACUUGCAUAAAUAUGUGUUCUAUGUUAUUUAAAUAUAUAUA